CAGUAGACACAACACUGGUGUGAUACGAGUGCUGUUCUAGCUACAAGUGCAGAACACAGCACUGUAUGGGCUGCUACAGGGAAAGUUAACUCCAUCCCAGCCAGACCCAGUACACUUCCAUACUCCAGAGACCAGAUGCUCUUGUUGGUGAUUGAAAUAAAUGCAUGCCCCAAAACUAUGUAUUGCAAUUGGAGAAGCCAGAAGCUGGCUUCCUCUAAUGGGCACCAUGUGGCAAGUAUUGAGGAUAUCUAUAAUAAGAAUACAGACUAUUAGUGUGGGGGUCACAUAAGACAUGGCCACAGUGGAGAGGACAUUAUUUCUAGAUAAGCAUCUGCACCCAUAUUAAUUUGGGCACAGCUAUGCUAUCUCAUGGAAACUGCCAGGCUCAACAAGAAAACACUAGUCAUAGAAGGGCUCAGACAAAUGGGGGUACCCUAAGAACAACAUUCUCUACCCAUGAAUACCUUGCCAACUUUAGAACUGCUACUAGUUCUUCUGCAUCUAUACGAUUGCAUUUGUUCUAUCAGCAAUGUCAGCUCUAGUGAAGAAUGAGCACUGUUGCUCUUUAUCUUUGCAUCAUCUUAGCCACCUGACAUGGCUGUAAAAAUGCUUGUCCACAGCCUACAACCUUAGCUGCUGUAAUGGCAGCUCAGAAUAGUCUCCUUUGAAUGCAACAUCCAAACACAUCACACAUUAGCCAAGGCUCUCAAUGCUGUAUUUAUGUAGAACUAUUCAUAUUAAAAAUAGUAGCUGCUAUAGGUACCCGAAACACACGUUAAUUAGAAUGAGUCCACUAUGCCCUAAAACAACAUAUAUAUUCUAAGAAAACAGGACUGAUGUAUUGGUUCAUCCAGGCAAGUACUGUUUCUGAGGAGUAGGCAGGGAAUAUGAACAGUCAGUACUGGAAGGAGCUGCACACAGAGGAAGUGUCAUCUCAGUCAGGGACCAGAAGUUAUCUAGGUCACAAUGAGAUUUCUCCCACAUCACUUUAGCCAUACAAACAAGAUGCAAAAUGUAAAAACAGUGCCUGGUUCCUGUCAGUAAAGUGAGAGGAACAUCUCAUAGAGACUGAUUUACUUUAGACUGCUCUAUCCCAUUUUAGGGGAAAAUAACACACUAUUAGGAGGUGAUUGAGUUUCUCUCAAGUGGGUCUCAGUGAGUAUCAGAAAGCCGAUGUCUAAUAUUUACAUGGUAAUCAAAAGGAAUCCAGCCUUUGUUUCUGUAAUUGUAGAUGUUUUCUGAUACUAUUGCUCCCUGGAGUUGCUCAAACCUAAUCAAAAUUAGGUUACUCAAAGCCCUUUGAACUUCUGGAGCCUUAAAAUUAUGGAUUUUUCAGCUAGUCCAGAAACAGUGCUUUUCUGGGGUGAGUCAAAUAUAUCCAUGGGCCUUGAAUACGUGCAAAAAGCUGCUUCCAAAAGAAAAAAAAUUAAUAAGAAUAUUAGAUUGCCAGUUGUGAGGGGGGGGAAAACAUGGCUCAAAUUUUGUGGUAGUGUUACAGUAAGAUGCAGGAGACUGGACUCGUGGCCUUAGACAACUGAGCUGCUUUUUUUCAUUCAGUCAGGAGUGCAGCUGGAGCCCCAAUGCCAGCUUUUCCAGAUGAACUAAUGAGGUCUGCCAGGGAUCACCUGUGGCUCCUCAUAGCACGGCCAUCAGGCUUCCAGGACAGCCAAGCCACAGGCUGAGAUCUUAGGAAAGCCUUGGGGAGUGAGGGAUGGCCAAGCCAGCAGAGUAAGACCAAGAGGGAACAAACAACAAGGAAUGACCAAACUGGGAGGGUGAGACCCCUGAAGGGCACAGGGGGAGAAAGGGAGGUGGAAACUGCACCAAAGCAGAGGGUGCCAAAGGAAGGGGCCCUCGCCCCUAGUCCCAGACAGGUCCUGCUGCAGGCCAGGGCACACUCCAAGGCUGUCCCCACAGUACCCCCUCGGGGCAAUGUUCGCAUCCCGUAUCCUUCCUGCUUCCAGGGGCUGCCGCAGGGAGGAUUUGCUGCAGAUGACAUCAGCUGUGGAUGCUGGAAAAGCAGCAGUGGCAGUGCGGGGAUGUGCUGGCUCCCCCCCUUCCUCCUCCUCCUCGUUGCCAGGUCCCUGCCCUGCACUGUCUCCGUAUAAAAGCGUCACCACCCUUCCAGUCGAUCUCAGUCCCUACCGCUUGCGGAUCUAUCGCCGAGCGGCCCUCCUCCCCUCAGAGCCCCGGGGUGGAGCGGGCGACCGCAAUGGCCACUGAGGUGGUGGAAAUGGACUCGGAGCCAUCUUGUAGCAUCCCCAACCCUACCUCGUCCAGCCUUUCGCACCGCUUCCUGGACAACAAGUUUUACCUGCUGGUGGUUAUCGGCGAGCUGGUGACCGAGGAGCAUCUGCGGCGGGCCAUCGCCAACAUCGAGCGAGGAAUCCGGUCAUGGGACACAAACUUGAUUGAGUGCAGCUUAGAUCAAGAACUGAAACUUUUUGUGUCCCGCCAUUCAGCUCGAUUCUCUCCUGAAGUUAAAGGUCAGAAAAUUCUUCACCAUAGAAGUAAUGUCUUAGAAACUGUAGUCCUGAUCAAUCCCUCAGAUGAAGCAGUUAGUACUGAGGUGCGUUUAAUGAUCACAGAUGUUGCAAGACACAAACUCCUUGUACUAAGUGGACAGUGCUUUGAAAACACAGGAGAACUCAUUCUUCAGUCAGGGUCCUUUUCCUUCCAAAACUUCAUUGAGAUCUUCACGGAUCAAGAGAUUGGUGAAUUAUUGAGCACCACCCACCCUGCUAAUAAAGCCAGCUUAACUCUUUUCUGCCCCGAGGAAGGGGACUGGAAAAAUUCUACCCUUGACCGACACAACCUUCAAGACUUUAUUAAUAUUAAACUCAACUCAGCUUCCAUAUUGCCUGAAAUGGAAGGACUCUCUGAAUUCACAGAGUAUCUGUCAGAAUCGGUAGAAGUACCAUCACCCUUUGACAUUUUGGAACCCCCAACCUCAGGAGGCUUUUUGAAACUCUCCAAACCCUGCUGUUAUAUUUUCCCAGGUGGAAGAGGGGACUCUGCACUGUUUUCAGUGAAUGGAUUCAACAUGCUUAUCAAUGGAGGAUCUGAAAGAAAAUCUUGCUUUUGGAAACUUAUCCGACAUUUGGACAGGGUAGAUUCCAUUCUGCUCACUCACAUCGGAGAUGAUAACUUGCCAGGAAUCAAUAGCAUGCUUCAGCGAAAGAUAGCCGAAUUAGAAGAGGAACAGUCCCAAGGGUCUACUACCAACAGUGACUGGAUGAAAAAUCUGAUCUCACCUGAUUUAGGAGUUUUAUUCCUUAAUGUACCUGAGAACCUGAAGAACCUGAAUCCUAACUUUAGAAUAAAAAGUAGUAUAGAAGAAGCUUGUUUUACUCUCCGGUAUUUAAAUAAACUGUCUAUGAAACCAGAACCUCUUUUCAGAAAUGUAGGAAAUACCAUUGACCCCAUCAUUUUAUUUCAGAAAAUGGGGGUUGGCAAACUUGAGAUGUAUGUGCUCAAUCCUGUCAAAAAUAGCAAAGAGAUGCAAUAUUUUAUGCAACAGUGGAGUGGUACUAGCAAAGAUAAAGCUGAAUUUCUGCUACCAAAUGGCCAAGAACUAGACAUUCCAUUAUCCUAUUUCACCUCUGUCUCAUCCCUGAUUGUGUGGCAUCCAGCUAAUCCUACGGAAAAAAUAAUCCGAGUUCUAUUUCCUGGAAACAGCACCCAAUAUAAUAUUCUAGAAGGACUAGAAAAACUCAAACACUUAGAUUUCCUUAAACAACCAAUAGUUACACAAAAAGACCGAACUGUAAACAUUGCUAGUCUGGCUGUGAAACAAGCAAAGCUGAAACAACGAACAGACAGCAAGGAGAGUCUCAAGCCUGCUGCAAAGACACCACCAAGCAAGAUAGUCAGAAAAGAAUCUAAAGAAACAUGGGAGCCUGCAAAGCCUAGUCCAGCACUGGAAAAGACUCAGAAAUUAGAAAGCAAAGAAAAAGUUCCAGUUAAAAAAGAGAAACCAGCAAAAACAGAGACCAAACCUAUAGUGACAGAAAAAGAUGGAACAAGUAAAGAAGAGCAAAUAGUGAAAUCUGAAACUCCUGAAAAACAAGUUACAGAUGUAAAAUCAAAAGUGGCAAAGGAGAAGACAGUGAAAAAGGAAGUCAAAAUAAAACCUGAAGAAAAGAAAGAGGAAAAAGAAAAAACAAAGAAAGAGAUUUCUAAAAAAGAGGAGAAAAUACUCAUCAAAAAAGAGGAAAAACACAAAAAAGAAGAGAUCAAGAAAGAAGUUAAAAAAGAUGUGAAAAAGGAAGAGAAGGAAAGUAAGAAGGAAGUAAAGAAAGAUGCUCCACCAAAGGAAGCUAAAAAAGAAGCGAAGAAGGAAAUUAAGAAGGAAGAAAAAGAAGCCAAAAAGGACAUCAAAAAGGUUUCUAAAGAAGCAAAGAAGACAACUGGUCCUUCAAUUGAAGCCAAAAAGCCAGCAGCAAAGCCUAAAUCACAAAAGAAGGAGGAGCCUGUUAAAAAGGAAGCAGUACCUGCUGGAAAGCCAAAGGAAAAAGGAAAAAUUAAGACUGUGAAGAAGGAGAUCAAAUUUAGUGGAGCACAAGCUGCCCUUGUAGCAGUUGGAACUGUUGCCACAACUGUAACAGUUCUAGCAGCUGCAGAAAUUACAGCUAGUGGAAAACAACUUGAAGUGGAAAGAUCCCUUAUGUCUUCACCAGAGGAUUUAACAAAGGAUUUUGAAGAAUUAAAAGCUGAAGAAGUAGAAACAAUAAAAGAAACAAAACCUCAGAUUGCAUUCAUAGAGGAUGAACUGAAACUCACUGGCAAAGAACAAAAAGAGGCCUUUGAUUCCCAAAAAGAAAAAUUAGAAAAUGAAGGACCUUCAGAGUCCUCUGAUGAAGGUAUAACUACCACAGAGGCUGAGGGUGAGUGUGAACAGACACCCGAAGAACUGGAACCAGUGGAAAAGCACAGGGUUGAUGACAAUGAAAAGUUUAAAGAUGAGGGAACUGGCUUGGCAGAAUCAUCUGAAGUGGAAGAUUAUGAGGAAAAGGCAGAGACAGAAGAUGCUGAAGAACAAGGUGAAGAUGAGGAAGAAAAGACAUCAUUGGACACCACAAAACUAUACGUGGAAGAAGCAAGAAUAAUGGAAGAGAGUUCAGAAGAAAUAAUGGUCAAAGAAGAUGCUAACAUUAAAGAUGAAAAAUAUAUUGAAAAGGCAGAUUAUGAGGCAUCAGGUGAACAAUAUGAAGAAGACGGGGAAGAAGCAGUAGAAAAGGCAGAAACUGAAGAAACUGAGGAAGAGGAGGAAGACAAAACAGAAGGCAUCAGAGAUAAAGAGGAGACUGAAAAAAUAGAAGCUAAAGAAGAUUAUGUGAUGGCUGUUGUAGACAAAGCUGCAGAAGCUGGUGAAGUUGAAGAUAAAUAUGGCCUACUCAUAAUUACACCAACAAAAUGCUCAGAGCCUCAGUCUCCAGCAGUUGAACUGGCCUCUCCAAUCCAUGAUGAGGCAUUACCUGGUGAUUCAGAAAGUGAAGCUAUUGUUUCUGAUGAAGAAAAUAGAGAUCAACCUGAGGAAUUCACUGCUAUUUUGGGUUAUACACAGUCUACCAUCGAAAUACCCAGUGAACCAACUCCAAUGGAUGAAAUGUCUACACCCCGGGAUGUCAUGAGUGAUGAAACUAACAAUGAGGAAAGUGACUCAACUUAUCAGGAGUAUGCGAACAUCACCAAGUAUGAGACAUCACUGUACUCUCAAGAGUUUGGUAGACUUAAACUUUCUACACUUCUGGAUGCUUUUAAUGGAUUAUCUGAAGGAACCAAAACAGAGGCCACAGAAGGUAGAGACUAUAAUGCCUCAGCUUCUACCAUCUCGCCACCUUCUUCAUUAGAGGAAGACAAAUUCUGCAAAUCUGCAUUCCAGGAUGUAUACUGGCAAAAAGAAAAUGAAACCCAAGGCACUACUAAAUUAGAAAUCAAAGAAACCUGUUCAGAAAAUGUUGGUGGAAAAUGUAGUGCAGCCAAGAGUCCAUCUGAGAAUUUGUCCCCUCUAUCACCAGUUGCCAAAACACCACUGAGUGAACGUAGUGUGAACUUUUCACUUACUCCCAAUGAGAUCAAGGUCUCGGCUGAGAAUGUCCCCAUUGCUACAUUGCCUGAUGUACAUCAAGAAGUUGCCAAAGAGCGCUGUGCAAGCCUUGAAGAUAUAACAUUAGAAGUAGUAUCUCCCUCACAGUCUUCUGCUGGUAGUGCUGGCCACACACCUUAUUAUCAUUCUCCCACUGCUGAAAAAUCCAGUCAGCUUCCCUCUGAAACCAGUGAAAAGUCAACAGAAGCUCCAGUUAGCUUUGAAUUCAGUAAAGUCAAAGAUGAGUCUUCAAAACCCAUAAUAAGCCCUAUGGAUGAACCUGUGCCAGAUUCAGAAUCUCCUAUUGAAAAGGUUCUCUCACCUCUACGGAGUCCACCACUGAUAGGUUCGGAGACCACUUACGAUACAUUUUUGAGCGAUGAUGUAAAGUGUCCCACCAGAGAUUAUGGAAAUCCCUCUAAGGGAAUACCUGAAAAAGAAAAAACACCUGUUCAGAUGAGCCCAGCUUCUGAAGGCAGCUCUGUGGGCCUUUGCCAAGAAAAAAAAGAUGAAAAAAGCAUGGAGUUUAUGGUAAUUAAGGAAAGCUUCAGCCUAGAAAGGAAAAUGGAGGAUACAGAACCCAGCAACUCCCAGUCUUCAUUGGUCUUGGAUGACCGGAAGUUAACAGGUGAUCUCUCACCUACUCAAAUAAAUAUCAGUCAGUUCAGUUCUUUAAAAGAAGACACCAAAAUGUCAAUUUCUGAAGGCACUGUUUCUGACAAGUCUGCAACUCCUGUUGAUGAGGUCAUAGCAGAAGACACCUAUUCCCAUAUAGGAGUAGCUUCUGUCUCUAUAGCAUCUGUUGCUACUAGUUCAUUUCUAGAACCAACUACUGAUGAUGUAUCUCCUUCUUUGCAUGCUGAGGUUGGAUCCCCCCACUCUACAGAAGUUGACGAUUCCCUUUCAGUGUCAGUUGUACAAACACCAACAACGUUUCAGGAAACAGAAAUGUCUCAGUCUAAGGAGGAGUGCCCAAGGCCUAUGUCAAUUUCUCCACCAGAUUUCCCACCUAAAACCGCAAAAUCAAAAACCCUUAUGCAUGAUCACAGAUCUCCUGAGCAGUCAGUAGAAUUUGGCCAGGAGUCCCCUGAGCAGUCUUUAGCAAUGGACUUUAGUAGGCAAUCUCCAGAAUAUCCUACUGUAGGCACAAGUAUACACCAUAUAUCUGAAAAUGGACCAACAGAAGUAGAUUAUAGUCCUUCAGAUAUACAGGAGCCAACUUUUGCACAGAUUUCCCCUGUGGAGCAGACAUCUUACUCUCAGGAGAAGGAUAUUUCAGAAAUUAUUUCAGUUUCUCAAACCGAAGCUUCAUCUUCAACUUCAUCAGCUCAUACACCUUCCCAGGUAACUUCACCACUGCUAGAGGAAACUUUUUCAGGUGCUGGUUCACCCAGAGAUAUGUCACUACAUUCUUCUUUUACCUCAGAAAAGGUACAGAGCCUAGGAGAAAGGCUGUUUCCAAAGUCUGACCCAUCUCCACUAACUCCAAAGGAAUCUUCUCCUCUAUACUCUCCUAGUUUUCCAGAUUCACCUCCUGUAAUCACAGAAGUGGUUUCAGCUAGUUACACAGCUUCAUUGUCACUGCAAGUGUCCUCUGACAAAGCAUUUGGUAAACAGGCUGUCAUAUUAUGGGAACCUCUAACAAAGCACAGCCCAGAACUUUUAUUCAACCCAGAAAAAAUAGAUUCAGCGAUAAGCAGCAGGUCACCAGAAGAGCUUAGUUAUUCUUAUGAGGCCACAGAGAAAACUACUAGGUCACCAGAGGAUAUUAGCUACUCCUAUGAGGCAGUUGGAAAAUCUACUAGAUCAUCUCAGGCCACAGAUUAUUCCUAUGAGAGAAUUAGGAAAGCUACCAGAUCACUUGAUGCUAUGGAUUCUUCCUAUGAGACAACAGGGAAAACCACUAAGUCACCAGAAGCCAUUAGCUACUGCUAUGAGACAACUGGGAGAACCACCAGGUCACCAGAGACCAUGGCUUACUCCUGUGAAAUAACUGGGAAAGCCACCAGCUCACCUGAAGUUAGUAGCUAUUGCUAUGAAGCAAGUGCACAUUUUACUCCAGGAAAAUCAUUAGCAGAAUCUUGUCAGGAUGUUGAUUUAUGUCUUGUGUCCUCCUGCGAAUAUAAACAUCCUAAAACUGAACUUUCACCUUCAUUUAUCAACCCAAAUCCCCUUGAGUGGUUUGCAAGGGAACAGUUUCAAGAUCAAGAAAAGCCAUUAACUCAGUCUGGGGGAGCCCAUCCACCUUCUGGGGGAAAGCAGCAAGAGCGUCAGUGUGAUGAAACCCCUCCCACAUCAGUGAGCGAUUCUGCCCCAUCUCAGACUGAUUCAGAUGUUCCCCCUGAGACUGAGGAAUGUCCUUCCAUCACUGCAGAUGCUAACAUUGACUCAGAAGAUGAAUCAGAAACCAUUCCAACAGAUAAGACAAUUGCAUACAAACACAUUGACCCACCACCUGUCCCAAUUCAGGAUCGCAGCCCUUCCCCUAGGCACCCUGAUGUCUCCAUGGUUGAUCCAGAGGCUUUGCCAGUCGAUCAGAAUUUGGGUAAACCUUUGAAAAAGGACCUCAAAGAAAAGACAAAAACAAAAAAGCAGGGCACUAAGACCAAGUUGUCUUCUCCUGUUAAAAAAAGUGAUGGUAAAUCAAAACAAGUGGCUUCACCAAAACCAGCUGUAAGAGAUUCUUUAGACAAAAUUUCCCAAACAGCUUCUCCAAAAAAGGAGUUUGUGGAGAAGAGAACCAAAAAUAUCUCUAAUCCAGAUGUAAAGUCCCAAGUGGAAGAGAAAGAUAAGGAUACCAAGAAUGCAACAAAUACAACAGCAUCCAAGUCAGCGAAGACUGCAACCACAGGAACUGGGAAUACUAAGUUGGCCAAAUCUACGGUGGUGCCUCCAGGACCUCCAGUGUAUUUGGAUCUGGUGUACAUUCCCAACCACAGCAAUAGCAAGAAUGUCGACAUUGAGUUUUUCAAGAGGGUGCGGUCAUCCUACUAUGUGGUGAGCGGGAAUGAUUCUACAGCCGAGGAACCGAGCAGGACUGUUCUGGACUCCCUGCUGGAGGGCAAAGCCCAGUGGGAGAGUAACAUGCAGGUGACCUUAAUCCCAACCCAUGACUCAGAAGUGAUGAGAGAAUGGUACCAAGAGACCCAUGAGAAACAGCAGGACCUCAACAUCAUGGUUUUGGCAAGCAGCAGCACUGUUGUCAUGCAAGAUGAAUCUUUUCCCGCAUGCAAAAUUGAACUGUAAGAAUGAGACCAUGCACCACAACAUUAAACUUUGUUUCCAGAAAUUCUUCAGUUUGAAAACACCUUUUAUAAAAAUUCAACCCAUCUAUUUCAGCUGCUGAACUAUAUACCUGCCAAAUGCUAUACUGUGUCACAAUGAUGUAAGUCACUAAUAUUUUUCAGUCUUUGCUAAUUACUAAGGGAAAUAACAGUAUUCCCACAGUAGGUUUCAUAGUACUGUGACAAUACAGAUCCAGUUUCAUCUCCUCUGAAUGUUUGGAAAGCAUGCACUAGCAACUCCAGCUGACUUCUGUCAGAUAGAGGCAUUUGCCCUCUAAAGAAACACAAAGAGAGAGAAAGAGAGAGAGGGUUAGGAGGAGAAAGUAAUAAAAAAUUAGAUCUGCUUUAGUCUCACGGCAACAGAUGUAUCGCUUGAUGCAGUUUGCAGUUUUAAAUUUGUAUCAGUCUGAGCUAUAGCAAAGGGGGUCCUUACUUUGCAGAAUUGUUAGCGGGAAAAUAAGAAGCGGCAGAAUGUGGCUGGGAAGGGAUAUACAACCUAAACUCUCAUUAGCAGUUUUCCACUUUAAUUUGAACUCUGCAUACUGACAUACCAUAACAAUCACAGGCCAAAUAUACACAUAGUCUGAACCCAUUCAGAAUUUUAAAACCUUCCUUUCAACAUGCAGAACUGUUGGUCUAAGGCAUGCUCCCAGUGAAAAUACACUUAUGCCACUCAGAAUUGACCAGUCCACAUGCUUAACUGUCAACUGUUGAUUGACUGCAGUAAAAUAUCAAAGCAGUUGGAAGUACAUACAGUAUACAAUUUGCCUUAGAACGUGACUUGAAUGUAUAAAGAAACUUGCACUUAUUUUUUACUGUUGAGACAUCAAAUUUAUAAAACAUCUGUGUAGGAUCAUAGUUACACCAGUAAAGUGUGAGUCUGCAUGUAUGGUACUAGAAACCUAUCUGACUAGUCGAACAGCUUGGUGCUAUGAAUUACAUAUGUUAGUCAUGUGUGCACUUCAUUGAUGCACCUGGACAGCUCAACAAGGCAAGGCAAGCAUUUUUUCCAAAGUUUCUUUUGUAUUGUGGAAGCAAGAUUGAAGUGGUGUCCAGUAUCAGAGUUGCAAAACUUAGCAAAACAUUCAGGAUGAUGAAAAAGGUUACCUGCAAGUCUGUACAGUAUUCAACCUUCCUUGGUUUUACCUUGUUUUAUUUGUUUAAUUUAAGAGUGAAUGUGGGAAUAAAUAUACAGAAACCUUUCUUUUAGUGCUGCAUGAACUUUUAAUAGAUGAAUUUUUAACAAAAGUUUUAAUUUACAGGAAAAUGCAAAGAAAAAAAUUUCAGGUAAAGGCAACUUUUUCUUAGUAGUUUUGUAGGAUAAAUGAAUAAUUUGUUUAAGGUUCUAGUAAGAAUAGAUAUUGAGGUAAAAUUUAUUGAAAAUAGUCAACUGCCAAUACCUUGCAGUGGGGGGCACCCUGGUGGUAAAAUUAACCUAUUGAUGAUAACAGAAAAUGGGAUUUGAAAUGUUGAUUGCCUAAUAUUUACAAGGGUGUAGCCUACAUUCUCAACCCUCACAAGAUCUUGAAAAAAGAUACAAUAAACUAAAACAAGUCUCCUUUCCUUUCCUUUCCUUUCCUUUCCUUUCCUUUCCUUUCCUUUCCUUUCCUUUCCUUUCCUUUCCUUUCCUUUCCUUUCCUUUCCUUUCCCCCCUUCCUUACCUUCUCUAGACUGCUUGCAGAGGAAACAGCAUAUAGAACAGUUCCAUGAUUUAAAAUAGUUUGGAUUUUUUUUUAACCUCAGAAGUUUUACCCCAAUAAAAACAUAUUGUUACAUUGUAGAAGGUUUGUGAACUGGAAUUUGAAGAAUGUGCAAAAGCCUCCAAAAUGGAGAUAUGUGCUGGUCUGUAUGAUUCACCAUUAUGGCUGGUAUUAAGUUUCACAAUGUAGUGGACUAUGACCUCAUUUUAUUUUAUUUACUUAUAAUUUAUUUCAAAUUUACAUUUUGUAGCAUAUUUUUAUUUAAUAGGCAUAUGUUUGCACUCCUAAUUUUUGUGAUUUUUUUUUUUUGUAUACUGCUUUACGACCCUUUAAAUGUGGGCUCUUGAGGCCUAUUUAAUACUGUAAAUUACUGUUUGUCAGUUGUUGGGAUUUUCAAUUUAUUUUUAACAUUAUCUUUUUUUUUUGGUGUCUCUAGUAAUAUUGCUUUAUUAACCUUUUAAGUUGUAAAGAAUAACUCAGAAUGACUAUGGCACAAAAGACAGAUGGAAAUGUAUUGUGAAAUUAAGCAUGUUUGCUGGGCUCAUAAUCAUUAACUUAAAAUUGCCUUUGUAAUACAUAGCCUUCAAAGGCCUUUCUGCAAUUCUUUCUGUUUUGUCUACUUUCUUACAUAGGUAAGAUUUCAAACUUUUUGAGUGGGUAGGAACAGAUUUUCUGAUUUUCUGACAAUAUCUGAAAUGUUUUGUACCUCUGCUUUGAUAGAAAAUCUGUUUUAAGUACAGCAGUGGUCCAGAGACUAAUCUAACUUAUGCCAAUGUGAAUCAGGAACAAUUUCACUGCAAUCAGAGAAGUUACAGUCAUUUGGUCCUACAGUAAAUUAAAUUAGAAUCAAGCCUUAAAUCUCUCCAAGUAAGUUUGUGAUGACUCAAGCAUUUGUUUUACUUUAAAAAAAAAAUAGUUAAAACCAAUCUUAAAAUGUACAUUCAUUUUUUGCUACUACAAUAAUAUUAAAAACCCAGUCUGGCUCUUCUGAGGUAAUGUAAUGCCUGUUCCAUCUAUUCCCUUUUAAAUGGCAACUGUGUCUGGGUGUAACACAGUGAUGAACUCCUCCAUUAGCUUCUUUUACCCUUAAUGUCUUUCCUGCCUGUGGAACUAAUCUAACUAACUGUGCUAGUCAUAAUACUACACAAUUAGCUUAGUAACAGUCAUCAAAAUGUACUAUGUACAUUAACAAUGAGUGCUGUUGAUCAGCAUAGAUUUCUAGGAGCAUGGUUUGUUAUUGAUUAAUUAUAAAAAAAUCAGUAUUUGAGUGCAAAGGACACACCAUUUAAAUUAUAGUAUUAUACAUAAUAGCAUGCCCAGUCAUGAUCUUUAUGCUAUUGCUAUACUCUUUCAUAAAAUUAAAUGAAGAAUUAACUUUAGAGAUCACCUCCCACUCCUGAACUUGGACAGGGUCUCUCUUGCAUGCCUUUUCCAAGUCCUGUGGUGGGCCUAAAUUCAUUGACCUCAGCUUUUCACCCCAUCUUUUAUAGAAUUCACUUUUGAUUUUUUAAAAUUAUCUUACAUACUGUGGUGAAUGGAGGUAACUGUGUAUAUAGUUCUUUUUAAUUGUCUACAAUAGCUUAUGCAUUUUAGGACAGUUCUAGUACUCAUUUGCUAAUGUUUAAUCAAUUUGUUGAAUUUUCAAUCCCUCCCACCGCAAGCAAGUCAGCUCCACAGAGCACUUAUUGUGCAUUUGGGACAUUUUUGUCAUAUGCUUCACUUUGUUCAUCUGUUGCCAGAGGUUCUUGUUCAGUAAUGAUGUUUUGAGAGAAAUAGUAAUUUUGUUGGUCUGGACUUAUUAGAAAAGGAAAAAGUAUAAUGUUUGCACUUGAAAGAAACUGUAAGCUUUCAUCUUCACAUAAUUGAACAAAACACUAAAAGCAACUGGGGUAAGUAUUUCUUAGAAUGCAGUUGUAUUGUUCACCUGGUUUUAAAAUGUUUGCUAUUUAAAAUUAAAAAAAAAAAGAAAAAAGUCUGUUUAUUGUGA